ACUGUACUAGUCGCCGCACGGCAGCCUCUCACUCAGGUAGACGGACCCACAGCGGCACCAAGUGUUGUCCAGUCUCCUCCCAGCACAUCCCCACCAGCCAAUCAGAAUGGAGGUGAACAGUACGGCCACCAUCUUGUCCUCUGCCUUCCUGGCCGUGGAAUAUGUUGAUGCUGUGUUACCUGACAACCCUCUCCAGCCUUCACUACAAUACGCCUGGGGGUAUGUGAAUGAGAACUACACUAAAUUCCAGAUCGCCACCUGGGGUUCUCUCAUCGUCCAUGAGGCCAUCUACUUCCUGUUUUGUCUACCUGGUUUCCUGUUUCAGUUCCUUCCCUUCAUGCAGAAGUACAAGAUCCAACAGGACAAGCCAGAGACGUGGGAGAAACAGUGGAGGUGUUUCAAGAUGUUGCUCUUCAAUCACUUCUGUAUCCAGCUGCCCAUGAUCUGUGGAACGUACCACUUCACUGAGUUCUUCAGCAUCCCCUACGACUGGGACAGCAUGCCACGAUGGCCCUACCUGUUAGCUCAGUGUCUAGGCUGUGCUGUGAUAGAGGACACCUGGCACUAUUUCCUCCAUCGCCUGCUGCAUCACCGCAGUAUCUACAAGUACAUCCACAAAGUACACCACGAGUUCACUGCUCCGUUUGGCAUGCAGGCAGAGUACGCCCACCCAGCUGAGACAGUGAUCCUGGGGUCUGGGUUCUUCAUCGGUAUCAUGGUGUUCUGUAACCACGUCACGUUGCUAUGGGCCUGGGUCGCCUUUCGCCUGCUGGAGACCAUCGACGUACACAGUGGGUAUGACAUCCCUCUCAACCCUCUCCACCUGAUCCCGUUCUAUGCCGGAGCUCGUUUCCAUGACUUCCACCAUAUGAACUUCGUAGGGAACUACGCCUCAACCUUUACCUGGUGGGACAAGAUACUGCACACUGACUCCCAGUACAACAGACACAUGAUGAGCAAGAAGGACCAGUAAACAGACCCUCACACAGACACACGGACGCAGACACACGGACGCAGACACACGGACGCAGACACACGGACAGACGUAAAUUCUCACACACGCAGACAGACACACACACACAAACACAUGCACUUAUGAAUGCACGCUUAAACACACUUCAUGAAGGUCAGAACUGGACUCCUGAGUGUGCAGUGCCUUGUGAGAAAAGAACACACUGAAAUAGAGUAGAACAGUCUUGACCAAUAACAUCAGCCCUUGUCUGCUCUUGACCAAUAACAUCAGCCCUUGUCUGGUCUUGACCAAUAACAACCAGGAUUGGGGUCAAAUUCCAUUUAAAUUUCAGUCAAUUCAGGAAGUUCACAAACAUUCCAAAUCUAAUUAUCUUCAAAACUUUUAAAUUAGGAACAUUUUGAGUUUGAAUUGGAGUUUGGUUCACUUUGUGAAUCGUCUGUAAUUUAAAUUGACCCUGAUAACAUCAGACAUGCUGGGGGUUUCAGGCUGGUUUUCUGGUUAAGCACUUUGUGACAUCUGCUGAGGCUUUAUAAAUACAUUUGAUUGAUUGAUUGAUUGUCUGGUCUUGACCAAUAGCAUCAGGCCGUUGUCCCUGAAUAAAAACAUUAUCCUGGUGAGAUUAUUAUUAUUAAUGAUGUGUUUUUCUUCACUUUUCAUUGUAAUUAAAACAUUUUUUACGA